AUGAGCUGUCAAAGAAUGGAGUUGAAUUUGGGGUUUGAUCUGGCACACUGCUAUCGCUAUGUCUCAAGAGUUUGUGUCGCCGACUCUGGCUGCUCUGCGAUGCGUGACAACGACGUCGACAUCGACGUCAACGCAACACCAAUGCAACAUGUGACCCGACGUGCGAGGCCGCAUGCUCCGUCGAAUUAUCAUCAUUCCAGACUUCAUGUCGGCGCACGAAUUGCUCGGGACGACAUCGACCAAGUGCGCAUCUCGUCGGACCAGCCAACAGUCAUAGGCGAUGAUGGCAGGAGGACGUAUCGCCUUCGCAAGCAUGGCAACAAGCCAUUGCCAUUACCAGAAAUCAUGGACCCUAUCUACCUGCAAGCAAGACACAAGUCCAAGCAGCGCAAAGCACGCCCGCCAACCGAAGAGGAGCUGACACCUUUCCAACGCAAGCUUGCAUUCAGUCCUUACGCUCGUGCUUUAGCGACGUCUGUUAGACAGUGUCGCUUGACACAGGCGUGCCUGCCGCAGCACUUUCUAGCAAGGUUCACGAUCACGGCAGUAAAGAGCGAUGCGAUGGAAAGCGACGACACCCCCGAACAGAUCAGACGUCGGGAGAACGACAAGAAUCCUGCCAGAUCAUCUUUCCUUCCGGCUCCGUUGGGUGAACCGCGAGAGAUAACCACAGGACCUGUCCUUGGCACCAGAGAGGUCGUCGAACAUUUGAGCAAGAAAACAAAUUGGAAGAUCCUCGUGAAAGAGGGCGAAAGAGGCCAAAAUUGGGACAAGGAUAUGCCUGAUCUAUACCUGCGGAGCCUGAGGGACGUAACCUUAGCUCAACUGGAGCUCUGCUUGGAGUUAGGCUUGAGGCAAGACACGACGGCCAAACAUAAAAAUGUUGACUGCAUAUUGCUUGUCAAGGCGCGCGAUACUCCUCCCGUAGAUCUCCUUGAAGCAAUGAGCCAAGAUGACACGACAGAAGUGCAGAGCUAUCCCAAUGGGCAUGCACAGCAUCAACUUUAUGAGUACGACCUCACAAAUUUGAUCCCGCAAGAGCAAGUGGACGCAUUCUUAUCGCAGCACGACAUUCAGGACGGGAAGAUACUCUUGAGCCAACACGCGGAGACAACAAGAGUGGCCAUGGAUUUGGAAAGGUUGCGAAACUACACUUCGCACAUCAAAAUGUACACAACUCGUGACUCAAGUCAAGACAUGUCCAAACCAAUAAAUGAGGCCCGAAGACCAAGCGUUACCCUCUUUUUUCCAACAAGUCUAUGCUAUGAAUCACUCUUCACUUAUCAAUUGGCAACAUCAGACAGGCACAAUCCGCUGCGAUCAGCGACAAACAUGUGCAAAACCACCCUUGCCACCUACCCAGCGUCCCAGGUAAUCCAACCAAGGUCAAUGUCGGCCAACCUGCCGAUGGCAAGGUCACUACAUGCUGAAUCAUGGUAUCUGGUCCACAAAAUCAUCGGAUAUCAGCUUUCCGGGAACAUAUGCAUACUGCCAGUUCCUGCGGAAGCCUGUAUAUUCUCUGAACCAGUCAUGAACACGCUGUUCAAAAGAGCGGGUUGCCGGUCAGAAUUCGGAAUAAAUUUCACGAAUGCUUGUCUCGUUCACCCCCUCACUUAUAUUGAAGACCUCUCUCUGCGUAACGCUUCACGGACGAUCAACAUCUCUCGGCACCCUCGAAAUGACGGAUAUCAUAGCUCUCUGACGCUACUUCAUGCAGCGCGUUCGUCGCCCAGAGCUUGA